UUCAAUACCAUCAAACCAAGUCUUGUGAUCUUCUUCUCUCGUCUUACAAAAAACAAAAAGAUACCAAGUGUUUCUUUUGUGUCCUUAGAGAGUUUUGAUUGAGAGAACAAACAUUAUGGCUCAGCAAUCUUUGAGCUUCCUCUUAGUUCUUUCUCUCCUUGCUUUUACCCCACUUUGCUUGUGUAACAAGUAUCAAGGCGGUUAUCUGUACCCGCAGUUUUACGACCACUCAUGCCCCAGAGCUCAGGAGAUUGUCAAGUCAGUUGUAGCCAAGGCUGUAGCUAGAGAGGCUCGCAUGGCUGCUUCCUUGCUUAGGCUGCACUUUCAUGAUUGUUUUGUUAAGGGCUGUGAUGCAUCUUUGUUGCUCGACAGCAAUGGGAAAAUAGUGACCGAGAAAAGGUCCAACCCGAACAAGAAUUCAGCUAGAGGAUUCGAAGUACUUGAUGAGAUUAAGGCUGCACUUGAGAGGGAGUGUCCCAACACUGUAUCUUGUGCUGAUAUUUUGGCUUUGGCUGCUAGAGAUUCUACUGUUAUCAGUGGUGGACCCAACUGGGAAGUCCCUCUUGGAAGAAGAGAUGCCAGAGGAGCAAGCUUAAGUGGCUCAAACAACGAUAUCCCAGCUCCAAACAACACUUUCCAAACCAUUCUCACCAAGUUCAAACGUAAAGGACUUGACUUGGUUGAUCUUGUUGCUCUCUCUGGAAGCCACACCAUCGGAGAUUCUCGUUGCACCAGCUUCAGGCAGAGACUUUACAACCAAACAGGCAAUGGCAGACCAGACUACACCCUUCACCCAAGCUAUGCUGCAGAGCUGAGAAACCGGUGCCCGAGAUCCGGCUCAGACCAGAACCUGUUCUUCUUGGACUUUGUUAGCCCAACCAAGUUUGACAACACCUACUACAAGAACUUGUUGGCCUCAAAGGGUCUUUUGAGCUCUGAUCAAGUUCUUGUGACCAGUAGUGAAGCCUCCAAGAACUUGGUGAUUCAGUAUGCUGAGAACAAUGAGCUCUUCUUUGAGCACUUUGCCAAGUCAAUGGUUAAGAUGGGAAAUAUUUCUCCAUUGACUGGGUCAAGGGGAGAGAUCAGAAAGAAUUGCAGAAGGAUCAACAGUUACUAAAUCACUAUAUAAGUGGAGAAGUUGAUGAAAUGACAUCUAUUGUGUUUUUUUAAGUUACAGAAGACACUACUGAUGGAGUGUUCUUUGAUCAUUUUUCUUUAUAUCUUGAAGAAAUAUAUUUUUACAUAAUUUAUUGUUGUGAGUGCUCCAACUUUAAGGAGACCUCCAUUUUCUUUUUGAGAUAAUAAAUAUAAAGACUUCAUUUUA